AUGUUCGACUUCAAGGCCUUCACCGAGAAGCACAAUGUCGCUCACAAGCUGUACAAGAGCUCUCUGCUCAACACCGUCUGUCUUGUGGCGGGCCUGUCCAUCUUCUUCUUUGGCUAUGACCAGGGUCUGAUGGGCGGUGUCAACACGACGCGGAAUUAUGCCGAAAUUAUGGGCUUUGGACACUGGGACGAGCAGCAGGGUAUCGUCGUGGUGGAUAAGCCGCUGCUGCAGGGCGGUAUUGUCGCCGUCUACUAUCUUCCCGGUACUCUUGCCGGCUGCCUGCUCGGCGGCUGGAUGGGUGAUCGUUAUGGUCGCAUUACCACGAUUGGUCUCGCUUGCAUCUGGUGCAUUUUCGCUGCUGCCCUUCAGUCUGCCGCCCAAAAUGCCAAUUGGAUGUUUUGUGCGCGCGUGCUCAAUGGUAUUGGCACUGGCAUUCUCAACGCCAUUACCCCAGUUUGGGCCACGGAAACCGCAGCACACACCUCUCGCGGCCAGUUCGUCGCCUUUGAGUUUACUCUGAACAUUUUUGGUGUAGUCGUCGCGUACUGGCUUGAGUUCGGCACAUCCAAGUACCAUGAUCCCGAGUCCUCCUUCAUCUGGCGCUUCCCCGUUGCCUUCCAGAUUCUGCCUCUUAUUCUUCUCCUGGUAGUGAUUUGGUUCAUGCCCGAAUCGCCGCGCUGGCUUGUCAAGGUCGGGCGCGAGGAAGAAGCCCGCUUCAUCCUCGGCCGUCUGCGUGGUACUGAGGGCGAAGAAGGCGAGGCCGCUGAGGCUGAGCUCCAGGACAUUGUCAACAUCAAGAAUCUCGAAGACGACACAUCUGAGCAACAAAGCUACCUACACAUGUUCUUUGGCAUUGGAUCCGGAAAGCUGCAUACCGGCCGUCGCGUGCAGCUCGUCAUUUGGCUGCAGAUUCUCCAGGAGUGGAUUGGUAUUGCUGGCAUUACCAUCUAUGGCCCUCAAAUUUUUACCAUUGCCGGCAUCGGGGCUUCCGACCGUCUUUGGGUCAGCGGCAUCAACAACAUUACAUACAUGUUUGCCACUCUGAUUUGUGUCUUUACACUCGACCGUAUCGGCCGCCGCUGGACUCUGUACUGGGGUGCUGUUGGCCAGGGCAUCUGCAUGUUUGCCGCCGGUGGCCUCGCCCGCGCCACCAUCAACGCCUCCGACUCGAACCGCGCCCAGGUCGGCGGCGCCGCAACCUUUUUCGUGUUUCUCUAUACUGCGAUUUUCGGCGCCACCUGGCUGACCGUGCCGUGGCUGUAUCCCGCCGAGAUUUUCCCUCUCCAAGUCCGCGCCAAGGGCAAUGCUUGGGGCGUCGUCGGCUGGUCCAUUGGCAACGGCUGGUGUGUCCUUCUUCUGCCCACCAUCUUUGACAAGCUCAAAGAAAAGACGCUGUACAUUUUUGGCGCCGUCAACGCCCUCAGCAUCGUCGCCGUCUGGGCGCUGUACCCCGAGUCCAACCAGCGCACGCUCGAGGAGAUGGAUCUGGUGUUUGCCAGCGACAGCAUCUGGACGUGGGACGCCGAGCGCAACUUUGCCAAGCUCAAAGCCGAGAACCCGGACCUCAUUAGAAGCCACAAGGAUACGCGCGUCGUAGAUGACCCGGAGCGCGGCAUCUUCGGGUCACGACGCGCAAGCAAGGUGUCAACGGCACACCCUGUGGUUGAAAAGGAGACGACUUCAGAUGAUGUGGAAAAGUCGACUGCUUCUCAUCACUAA